AUGAACGAACUUGUCCAGCACAUGGAGGUUCACGGCCUUCAGCAAGGCCUCGAGCAUUGUUCAUAUCCUGACUGCGAAUUCAGCACAAUAUGGUCGUAUAAUCUCGUCAGCCAUGAAAGAAGAAUGCACUGCCCAUAUGCUCCUCUAUGGUGCCUUGUUCCCGGAUGCAACAACUUCGAUAGGGAAUCCUCGGAUUUUGGUCGUCACUGCAAAGGCGUGCACGCAUUCAAGCCAUCACACCUCUACAAGGCGAUGGGCAUGACCAGAAUGAAGCACCCCGCUUACGAGAUCGUGCCGAAUGCCUUCAAAGCCGGCAUACCGCCGUCCUAUGAAUGCCGCAAGGCGUCACAGGAGCAGGUGGCCGAGGCGCAGAAGACAACGGCACUCGAAAAACAGGGCAAACUUCCGCGCAACACAGCACGAAUCCAGGAGCAGCAGGGUAUACCCGAAGCCGACCUCGCAAGUGCGGGACGGAGCGAAGAAAAAAAAAUGAUAAAAAUCAAUCAACCAUACCUCAACAGGACCGACUCCCAUCCUUCCGCGAGUUUGAAGCCAGCAUAG